GUUUGGUGAGGUUGAAGUUUGAGAAAGGUUGUGACGGGGUGUUGGAGCGGUCUGCGGGAUGUUAUGUGGCUGCUAUCGUGUUGAGAGCGCCAAUAAUGAGCAAGUGGGAUGUGCCCCGCAGAAAAACAGACAAGGCCCAAGCUCUGAGCCUCACAGUGACGUCGAGGUGUGGUGCGGGAGCGUUUGCUAUGAUGACUGAGAUGCGAGACUCACUUCAACCAAGACGAUCCAAUGCAGAUCUCAUGUUAUAUAUCACCAUGAGGAGCACAGUAAGGCCAAAGCCGAUCACGCUCCCGCCUCCAGGGCGUAGGCUGGGCUAAGGAUGUCUAAUGCCCUACCCCUCCGUGCCCUCCACCCGAUCUCCUCCGUAUUUCGCUGUGGCCUCCUAUUUGUCCCGCGUAUAGGCGAUAUGGAUGUCAUUCGGUAGCCGGAGUAGGCCUUGGCAACCUUUGCAGACUUCUUGCUGUUGUCGGCACGGUAUUGAACCGUACAGAGUGAAGAACGCUGUUCGAUGAGAUGGUCGGCUCCGCCAAAUGCAGGCGAUUCGGACCGACAGCGGCCGCCGAAACAGCAGGCUGACA